AUGACAAAAGUAAUGCGGAAAACGUAACGCGUAACAAGUACCCGCGUCGAUUAUUUCAACGUAACGUAUGCGCCUGUUUUGUAUAUUGUACGGGUGCGUACUCGUGUGCCAGUGCGCUCCGGUGUUUCGGGCCGAAGUCGCCGCGAGGAUGCCCGUUUCGGUUUGUGCCCCGGGGGCGGGGGUGGUGGGGGGGGGGUUGGCUAGCGGUAAAUAUUGCGGACGAUAACGAAUCGUCUACGGUCGUUGUUUAGCGAAUAUUGCGUUUUUUGCUGUCGAUACGAUUAACGAUAACGAUUGCCGAUGGCCGUCGGCGUUGUGGUUUAUUUCCAAAAAAAUCAUCGCAACGCGCCACCGUGUCGAGAACACCGCAAUAACGUGAUACGCGAUUUCUGUUCGCGAACAGGUUGGCCGUCCGGCCAAAUAAAUCGCGCGGGAACCGGUUGUACAAUUAUUUCGGGUUACGUUGGGACGGGCGGAGCGAGAAACCCACGGUUAUAUUGGAAAGCCGAACGGUGUGGUGUUCCAUGAUAUUCUUGCGGGAAACCCCACUUGUGUUUUCUACGUUGAGGUCCCGCGUCCCGUGCGACGCCGACGAAAAUAAUAAACGACGGACGUUCCGGCGACAAUAUUUGAUAAGAAAGCCAAAACUAGUGGUUCCCAAACUACGAAAACAUUGCUACUCGGGCGGUGGAUAGGCAACGAAUAUGAAAAAAAAAAAAAAAUAAAUAAAAUAAAAAAAUUAGCGCUACGAAGUCAACCGAAACGCGUUAAGAAUGUUGCGAAGCGAUGUGGGUAUUUUUCGAUUUCAUCGAUGUAUACAGAUUUCUCACGGUUUUUGUUGAGGAAAAAUCCCGGCGUGCGCCGUUGUUGACCGCGUACCGGGUGAUCCAUUUUAGUGGGUACGUUCAUUAUUAUCUCGUGUCACCUUUAGCCGGAAUUUGUUUUCAAGACCGCUUAACAAACAAACUGCUCUAUAAUUUUACAUUUGUAUUAUUUUUCGUCGCCCUUAAUUUCGGCGGUAAAACCACUAUCUGUUUUCGAUUUUCAAAUAACAACCCACAUUGAAAAUGCCGUUAAACAGAUGCGAGCAUUUGUUAAAAUAAAUGUUGACGUUUUUAAUUUAUUUCGAGCCGUUGACGAGAUAUUCCACAUGUAAGUCUGGGUUGUCAUUCGAAAAUCAAAAGUAGUUAGCGGUUUUACCCACAAAAAAAUAACAUAAAUACAAUAUUGUAGAGCGACUUGUUUCGUAAAUGUUCUAGCAAAAAAAAAAAAUCGUUACUUUCCGAAAUAAUUAAUGAGUGUACCCACUUAAACGGAUCGCCAGAUACAGCUGGUUAGGUUAGGUAUUUUUCAUAAUCCUUUUAAUUGUUGUGGUUUCUAUGAUGUAUUUUUGUUAAUAAAUUUCUUUUGAAAUACAGCCAGAUGACUUUGCUGACCGGGUGGCCCGGCUGUGCCUGGAGAAGUUCGACGGUCUGCCAGACAAAGGCAAACCGUUGGCCGGCAAAGAGUGGACGCUCUUGUCGGGCGUCGUCGAACGGCGACGGUCGGACGACGGCGGUGACCGGUUGACGGUCGUCGCGUUGGCCACCGGCACCAAGUGCGUGGGCGCCGGUAAACUGUGCGCCAAAGGCACGGUAAUUAACGACAGCCACGCAGAGGUAAGUACUCCGAUAUGGGAACAUAUAAAUCCUUUUAUUAUACGCCCGAGGCUCGACGACUACCUAUACGUACAGUAUAGAUUUGUUAUUUUUAUGCCUCGAAUUUUCCCGCGAUUUUCUACCUAUUUAGCCACGUUUCAAAACCGAGCCAAAACCUAACCUUUCCCACCAGAAAAAAAUAAAAAAAAAACCGAUUACCUAUCGUUUUUUAAAACGACAUAACCGUGAAUUCGAAGAAAUGUUUCAAAGACCGGACAUCGCUAAAGUAAUAUUAAAAAAACAGGCUGACGUGAGCGGGACACGGAUGACGGAAAGUAGGAUCCAUAGUAAGAUCAACCAUCGUAGAGGACCCGUCCGGGAAGAUUACGUUGGGGUUUCAAAACCGAGCCAAAACCUAACCUUUCCCACCAGAAAAAAAAAAAAAAAAAACUGAACUAAACGCGGCGGAAAUUUGCGGCAUAGAAGGAACAAAUGUAUACCUACUAAUUGACAGCGUAUUUCAUCACGCAUUUUUUUUUUCUUGAUUCAUACCGAAAUCAAUGUUAAUUCAUCGCGAUCAACAAAUGAAGUUAACCGUGCUAGUAUCAAGUGUGUUUAUUUGCCUUUGUAGUCCCCUCCUCCCCCCCCAAAAAAAAAAAUGCCGAGAUAAACAAUAAUAAAACCGAUGUCUCGACGUAUGUUGUUAGUAUUAAAUUUUAUUAGGAAAACUGUCGGACUCGUUAAAUUGUUAUCAAAUCAAUUAUCGCCGACAAAUCCUUAUAUCUUUAAACGUACAUUGCGAAUAACUCUGUGCGCUUAUAUACCUCGGCUUUUACUGUAACCGAAACAAUUUUCCGAGAAAAACCGACUUACUAAAAAUCCGCAUCUUUUCACGUGGGUAAUGAAAAAAAUCUGAGCGUUUUUACCAACCCAAAAGGCGUUUCCCGAGAAAAUGUACACGCAUCGGUUACACAGUAAAACCAAUAACUUCUUCGUGACACUUUGAGUCUGCGUAGAAAAGCGAAAUCUACCGCCGUGUGAAGUCUAGAAAACCCACGUACGACGCGAAUACCGUUUUUCAGGUGUUGGCGCGCAGAGCCCUGUUGCGGUAUUUUCUCCGGGAGAUCGGGACGGCCCGCGACGGUCGGCCGUCGAUAUUCGCGGCGGCCGACUCCGGCGACGGCGGACGUUCGGCCGAAAACGUACCGCGGCGGCCGCCGCUGAAGCUCAGCCCCGGCGUCACGUUUCACUUCUUCUGCAGCCACACCCCGUGCGGCGACGCGUCCAUAUUUCCCAAGUGCGGGCCGCUCGACGUGCCGCCCGGGCGCAAGAGGUCGGCCGCGGACGACGGCGGGGAGGCGCCCAAAAGACCCAAGACCCGCCCCGAGGACGUGCACCGGACCGGCGCCAAGUGCCUGACCGACGAAACCAGGCAGGACGCGCGCUUGCCGGGCGCGGGCUAUCACACGGUCGGCGCGGUCCGGACCAAACCCGGCCGAGGCGACCGCACGUUGUCCGUGUCUUGUAGCGACAAGCUGUUCCGGUGGCAAUCGUCCGGCGUACAAGUGAGCGCUAUUUCAUUGCCAUAUCGUACCGCGCGUACACGCGUUGGAUUUCCGUCGCCCGCGGUUUUUCGGAUUACAGAACCCGCGGUGCCAAUUUAUUAACGACCGUCUUUUUAAACGCGUGCGUUUUUUUUUUUUCGUAUAGGGUGCCUUGUUGUCGCUACUGAUAGAACCGGUGUACCUGUCUUCGGUGAUCGUGGGCGGCGGUUGUCCGUACUCGGAACGGGCCCUGCGCCGGGCCGUGACGGACCGGGCCGACGACGGCGGUUGCCCGUCGUCCGAGGACGGCCGCCGCCGUGACGCGCUGCAGCUGAUGCGGUCCGCGUUGGAAUUCGAGCACGCCAAACACCGGGCGGACGCGGCCCACAGCAAGCCCUGUCCGUCCAGCGUAGUCUGGUGGCAGAGCGACCCGAUGAAAGACGUACACGCUGCCGGGUGAGUUUAUAACCGAUUCAAAACGACAAUAAAAUAAUAAUAAUUAUAGCCCGCACGCAGUGGUGGCGCCAGGAACUUUUCCCCGUGGCGGACCGAAGGGAGGCCGACACAUGUUAGGGCAGUCACGGUCGCACGAUAGUUAAAAACACGGGGGGGCGGGGGGUAGACAGGGGCCGAAACGUCCUUAAUUUGGACUCACCACCUCCGACCCUCCGUAUAUAAGUACAGUAAUAAAAAAUUGUUUAUUCAAUCUUCUGAGGUCUUGACCUCCAUCCCUCCUUGAAAAAUGAUAGUUGCCGUUCAUCGAACCGCACUAAUUAUAAAACGUAAAUAAUCUAUAGCUGUGUGUGACGUGUGUAUAAUUUAGGAAAAUUUGACCCCGAAAUUACACGUGUGUUCUGUUUACGUAACGAUUCUUAAAAAAUAAGAAUUCAAACUGUUAAACUAAAUCAAAAAUUUUGGGCGGGCCAUAGUCCGCCCGUGCCCGUCUAUGACACCGCCACUGUCCGUACGUUCCUUAAAUUUUGUGAUAUUCAUUCGGGCGAUGACACCGGAGACGAGUCACGGGUUUUUCCUUUUUAAAUUUAAAAAUUUCCGAUGGUGUUUAAUUGUUUUGUUACCAACCACGUGUGUUAUAAACUCAGAGUUGGCGGUGUUUGGAAUUUACUCAACAGUAUGCGGUACGUGUGAGACGAUUUUACAUACAUCGGUUUUACCCGGUAUACCGCGGUACCACAGUAUUUUGUAUGCUCGGUAAAUACCGUUUUCUGCAGAUAAAAACCAAUAUUUUGGUGGGUAAAUUUAUUGCUGGGCGGGUUCAAAAAACUAUUACCGAUAUAGGCAUUAUCAUUUUAUAGUUAGAUUUGAUAAGGCACUACCUAUAUCACGCGGAUAAAAACAGCAGGAUUCUCAACGUUCAAUAUUCGCUGUUGUACUAAUAUAAAACGCUGCGACUUCAAAAAAAUUUCAAGAGUUUCUCUAUAGGUUCGCUGUAUGUCAGGGCGAUUCAUAUCAGUAUGAAACUAUGAAAUUAUAAAAUUUACAAAUUCACAACAAUCAUAACUUUACGGUAUUCAAUUUUGACUCGUUGAGAAUUCUGUUCUUUUUAUCCGUGCACUAUGUUAAUGAAUAAGUUAUGCCGCCAUUUCGUGACUCAUUUACCAAUAUAUCUACAAUGAUUAUGAAUAAUUAUGGUUAUAAACGCGGCAAUUUUAUAUCUGAUACGUUAUUUAAUAUUUUACUUUGUAGUAUAGACAUAUUUAACAUAUAUUUACACAAGGUAUUUUUAAAGUUUUUAAAUGUCGUGUUUAAAUUCCCGUGAAUUAUCUAAAGUACGGUUAUAACCGAUACUACGGUAUUUACAGAAUAGACAGUAUACCGGUGUUUUUAAAUAUACCCUAUAAAUGACCCGACCGAAGUCUUCUCUCAGUUGAACUUCAAUACAUAUAUUAUCGACUGUUUUUUUUUCCCCCUACGAUAGUUGUCACGAAGUGUUGGUAAACGGCCGGAAACAAGGCGUCACGAAAAAGACGAUGGACAAACCGAGCAGCUCGUCGGCUCUGUGCAAAAAGUCCAUGUUGGACGCAUUCAAAGGUUUACGGAGACCGAACGACGAUGAAAAAAAUCCGUAUUACACAACGAAUACUACUUAUGGUCAAUUGAAGUCGGAGGCCACGACUUACCAUCGCCUGUGGAUAGCCCACAAGAGUUUGUUAGGGUGUUGGACAGAAAAACCCGAAGGACUGUUGGAUUUCACGUGAAGAAGUGGAGUUAAACGAGAACAGAACGCUGAAAUAUCACUAAUUACAGUGAGGAUAAUGAUAGCUACUUUUGUUUAAAUCUAUAGAAAAUAUGGGUAAAAUUGAUAAAAGACAAUAUAUACUGCAUGGUGAUUUUUAAAUUUUUUAAACGAACAAACAAUUUUCUCAGAGGAUUUUUAGUGAAUUUGAUUUCUGUACUUUUUAAUCAUUAUUGAAUUUAUUUUAUUAUUAUACAUUUUGUAUCCCUACUCUAUAUAACUUUAAUAAGUAUAUACUUUUGUUUUUCAAACAGGAAUUCCCAUUUUGGACUGCAGAUUCGAAUAGAGGAUAUUUUUCUAGAAAUUUUGAUAUGCAUAACACUAAUAUCAGAUUUAAAGUUUAGAGCUGGUUUAGAAUUAUUAAACUAACUACCGUGUGAUACAAGCGUCAGAAUACAAUAGUGGACCAUAAUAGAGGGAAGUUUUCCGGCAAAACGGUUUUUGCAGCACAUUGGGGAGGCAAAUAGUAGAAUGACAGUAUCGUUCACAGAAGGCGGACUGGCAUGGGUGGCAGUCUAUGUGUUAUCAGAUUGGUAAUAGAGUAAACGUCUUGAACCCAUGACAAUAGCUAUUGCCUUGACCUUAAGUCACAAUAUAAUAUUUGAAACAAUUGAUACGUUAUUAUUGUAGUAUGUUCAAUAUUCUGAAUACUAUAUUCAAAAUAAUUUUCAAGUAUUAUGAACAUUUUGAAAAUACUUUUUUUCAAAAAUAAUUAAUAUUGUAUUCCGAACAAUUUUAAAAAUUUUUUUUUUUCGGAAAACGCCUUUCACAGUUAUGAUAAAAAUGAACAGAUUUUUUGCUUUUAUUUAUGGUACUGAUUUAAAACAUUUUUUGAAACAACCACCAGUUAAAAAUAUAAAGGAUAAACAUGUUACCUAGAUCAUAUAAUACCUAUAGUUUUCUUAAGUCAUCUGAAUCUAAUCUUGAGUACAUUUUUUAACAUGUUGUAUUCCUAAAAUAUUUUAUAAUUAUUUACGAUUAUAAUAUUUUGAAAAUACUAUUGUUGUAAAAUAUUAGCAUACAUAUUUUAAAUACUGUUUUUGUAUACAUUCAAAUAUUUAUUUUUAAUACUUUUUAAAAUAGUAUAUUACCCAAAUCUGUUAUUUUAUAUCAAUUUAAAUAUAUUUUUAACCAUACUUUUUUCAGAUUGCUCAAUAUAUUCAUACACAAACUGGAUUUAUUUGCAGUUUUUAUUAUUUUAUUUUGUUAAUUCUAUUAUUUUAUAAUUGUCAUUAAUAAUUUAAUUUUUGUUAUAGUUCAGUUUUUUUUUUGUAUGUAAACAACUUUUGUUUAUUACUAUUUUUUAUAGCAAUAAAAACAAUUAAAAAUAAUA